GUAGAGAUCAGAUGCCGGUUAGGCGUUCUGCCAUCGGAUCCGAUUUGAUUAUUCUGCCCUUGGACAACGGAGAAUACUUUUUCUCGCUGUUUCUCACUGUAUUGGGCUGUCACUGGGAUUCACAUUCAGCGCUCAUCAUCACGUAUGUAGGCAGCUAUACUAUACGCAGAUUGAUUGUGGGAAAUACAGGAUUAGUUACAGUGUGCAUCAGCGGCAGCAUCAAACACACCCGAUGUGGAUGAAAUGAACCGUCGAAACGCCAUGCCGCAUUUUGGUCCGACUCUCCUUCACAUAAAGAAAGCCGUUACAGAAUCACUCACCACAACAGGACCAAGCGGCGUGACAACAAGCAGCAGCAGCAGUGGGAGAGGCUGCAUUAUUUGGAAGACUGGACAUGGGAGGAUGAGUUGGACGGUAAAGGACCCUGGGUACAGCCUGGAGAAUAUCGCCACCCCAAAGAAGAGCUGGAGGCGGAGAAGGCGGAGAGGCACUGGUAUGAGGAGGCAGCACGGAGGCGUGGAUGGAAGCCAGAGAGUCAGCCCCAAAAAUGUAUUGAGGGGGGGCUCACAGGAAGUAUGGCGAAGCCAGGUAGGAGACCUGCGUCAACUUCCUGUGGUUACCGGGGGGCUGGUGAAACCAGGCAGGCACCGUGUUAUGCUGUGAAGCGCACGGUGUCCCCAGUGCGGGUGCAUAGCCCGGUGCGAUACAUUCCAGCUCCGCGUAUCGGCCGGGCUAGAGUGGGCAUCGAGCCAAGUGCCAUGAAGCCGGCUCUACGCAUCUGGUCCCCAGUGCGUCUCCUUGGGCCGGCUUACAUGGCACCAGCCUUGCGCAUGGUGUCCCCGGUUCGCCUGCAUAGCCCAGUGCGGGCUAUUCCACCUCGCCGCACUGGCAGGGCGACCGGGAGCAUGCAACCAGGUAGGGUUGGGCAGGCUCGGUGCUCAAGAGCUCUAGUGCGCCUGCACGGUCCGGUCUAUCCGUCACCACCUCCACGCACCAGCCCUCCGGUGGCAGCCCCCCGCACCAGGCUGUCUCUCCGUCUCAUCCCUACAGGCGCUCCCGCCUGUCCAGUGCUGCCGGAGCCUUCCUCCUCUCCAGCGCUGCUGGAGUCUCCCGCCUGUCCGGCACUGCCGGAGUCUGAAGAGCCCCUCUGCCCAGAGUUGCCAGAGCCCCUCUGCCCAGAGUUGCCAGAGCCCCUCUGCCCAGAGUUGCCAGAGCCCCUCUGCCCAGAGUUGCCAGAGCCCCUCUGUCCCGAGCAGCUGCCCCUCCCCCUGUGGUAG